AUGGAUUCUCUAGCUGACGGCCCUACUUCUCGUAUUAUCCGUGUUCGGCGUAAACGCAGUGCUAAUCCCCAUAGUGGUCUUUUGGUAUCGGAUUCAUUCGAUGGCACAGCCGGGCCAUCGAAGAGGGCAAAGUCGGACUUUGAUUUAGAUCAGACGACCGCAUUCAGACUAAUUGGGACAUUACCAUUACCAGAUGUUAGGGAUGCAGCCCGUCUGUUCUUGAAUACUAAUGUUCCUAAAGUAAGGCUUUUUAUAAAACUAUGUCGUAAAUCUAUUCGACUUUGAUAUAAAGUUUUAAUCGCAGAGGGUUGAAUUGGUCGACUUCGAUGGUACCACUGAUGUCCCAGUGCAAUCUGCUGCCGUCGUUCCGGUGGAAGUAGAUGACGUUAGUCAGAUGCUUGAUGAAAGUGUUAAAAAAGUCAAUCAAAUAGAUCUGAAUGCUCCUUUAGAUCCUUAUCUAGCCAUUCCCGAUGAAGUAAGUUUAGUUACUGAUUUUACUUAUAAUUUAGGCUCCGUUAGCACGGCCUGAGUCUGGAUUAGAUGAGGAUUAUGUUUACGAUUUCUAUCACACUGAGGAUUAUGUUCCACGGGGUGAUGCCAGCAUGGUGAACGUCCGUCUUCCCACAGAUGAAGAGCUUCAAUUAUAUUUUGGUCAUGAAGAUGAUGGGGAAAGUGAGGAUGCUGACGACGAUUCCAAUGCGGAGAAUUACUAUGCUAACGAUUAUCCGGACGAGGAGGAGUUGGAUAAGUCUUUGGAAAACGAUGAAACGUCUUCUGAUGACAGUUAUGGUGAGUUUAGGGAACAAUACGACUUUAAAUGAAAGAGCGGGCUGGAUAUUUAGAAGAAAGACGCCGUUCAUACGUCGAGAUGAUUCCAUGACCUUUUUAGCUGCAUUAAACUUUGUUUAUUGUGACCUUUUCCAAUCUUUACAGCGCCUUUUUUAGAUCAUUAUGGGGACGAAAAAGAUUACGACGCGUGUUACCGAGAAGAGAAACUUUCUUCAGACGAAGACGGGUCAAUCGUGAGUGGAAUGGCCGAAUAACCGUCUAUUGCGUCAGUAUUUAUAUAUCCUUGACAAUAAAUAUUUUUCCACGAUCUUAUCUUGGGCUUGUAUAAUUUUCAAUAAUUCUAUCAUAUCUGAAGAGAGCCGUUCUUUUUCUCUGCUUUUUUCGUUUAUCUGCCUUCAUCUCAGGAUUCUUUUGUUUUCAACACGUUUAUUACGCGAAAUACCUUGGUUGUUACUGCCCUUGAUGUGUAGUUGUAGGGGAUGUGGGGUCAUCUGUUCCUCCUGCUCCUCCCCUCGACGCUGGCUUACAAUUGUAAGAAUAACAAAGGCAAGAAUGUGGAUUGGUUUGUGGCCUACAAAAUGCCCAUGAUAGAUGACUCAAGCAAGGAUUUGGACGAUGGAGCCGUCUUUUAUUAUGCUGAUAGUAGCAGUCCGAAAUGGCAAUUGUCAAGUGACAGAAUUGGGGACGGUGGAGCGAUUGCCAGAACGGUUAACCAAGUCUUUCAAGCAAAGAAAAGCAAGGUAUUAACUGACUUAAGUCUUAACGCAGUACCGAAGGUUUUAUAGAAAGACCUUUACGUUCUCUACAACGACGAACAUCCGGAUACCAACAAAACCGAUAGUUACCGAGGCCACGCCAAGGGUGUCGUCGUGUCGGAUGACAUCUCAGGGUAUUGGUUGAUCCAUUCUGUCCCAUUGUUCCCCUCCACUAAGUCUGGCCGAUACAUUUAUCCAUUGACAGGCUAUAGGUUUGGCCAAUCCUUCAUCUGCGUGUCAUUUUCUUCGGCUGAUUUGGAUACGAUAGGUAAAAAAUAUAUUUAUUGUAAUGAAUAAUUUCUUUUAAUAGGUAAACAACUGCUCUACAUCCAAGCUUCUGUAUUCGAAUAUCAGAUGACUUCGUCCUACGAAAAGCAUUAUCCAGAACUCAAAAAAGCUGUGAAACACCAAAGUUUGAAGGGAUCAGUUUAUUCUAGUGUGGCUAAUAUCACAAGUCUCGCGGGACAACGUUUCAUCAGCUUUGCUAAACACAAAAAGUUCGCCAAAGGUAACAGAUUAUACAUACGUCGUGUGUACAAAGUAUUAAUUUUAUUUUCUUCAGAUCUGUAUGCUGAUCUUGUGGCAAAAGAUCUUAGAUCAUCGUUUUACGUCGAGACAUGGCUGAAUGGACCUGGAGACAUGCUAUCGGAGUGCACAUCGCCUUAUAAAAUCUUUAAUUUGAGAUCGGUUAAAGUACUACAAAACGAUUUUACAAGCAGUAAAGAUCACUCCAAAUGGGCAGUCAGUACAACACAAGAUGAUGGGUGGGCAUGUAUUGGAGAUAUUAACCGACAAGUAUGGAUAUCAUCUGUAAUAUUACACAUACAUUUAGAAUUCACAGAAGAACAGAGGGGGAGGAACUCUUUGCAUCCGGGAUGACGCCAUUUGGAGGUUGUUCAGAGACAUUGUGGACCAUGUCGAAUGUUGUCCAAAUAAUUCCUUUAAAGUUUCCCGUUUCUCAGGUAAUCCUACUCUCAGCCCGCAUCGUAUGAUCUUACUGACUCUAACCCUACUUUUAUUUAGUUAUUAAUAAUAUCUGCUUAAUUUUUAAUUUCCCGCCACGCCGCUCACAAGCUUUUUGCUUUAACAUUAUUCCUGACAACUUCCAUUAACGACAUCUUUGUUACAGUAUCUACCAAACCCGGGGGCCCCUGCUAA